GUCUCAGACUAUUGCUCAAUGCCAUUGACUUUGCUUCAUUUUCCAGCAGCAGUGGAAAGCUAAGUUUCAUUAAAUCAGAGGUCAACUCCCAUUUUCCACUAAGCUUUUCUGUGACUGGUUGUGACCAAUAUACAGUAUUUACAGCACUAUAUAAUCCAAAAAGUCCAGCGUGGGAACACAGCUUCACUAUUUCUUCCUUGCAAGGUAUCCUUACUAUGGAAAGGAAAUAUUAUAUCACACAAGUGGUUGUAUGUCUUUUCAUUCUCUCUUCCGCGGUGUCGGCUCAAGGUGAAGGAAGCUGUGUUGGGAGAUGUGGUGAAGGGUAUUUUCGAGGGCAUACUUGCCAUUGUGAUUAUAACUGUAUGUCUUUUAUGGAAUGCUGCCGGGACUUCAAGGCAGUGUGCACAACAGAAAACUCCUGCCGCGGAAGAUGCCACGAAGGCUUUAUAAGAGGACAGGCGUGUGAUUGUGACCCCAACUGUCUAAAUUAUGGCAAGUGCUGCCCAGACUUUGAGUCAAUGUGUGCUAAACCAAUUUCGAGACGCUCGCCUGCCCCACCGCCCCCUGAGGAGAGACGUGGCCCCCCUGAUCCCUCAAGGAAUAAAGACACUGACAAGGAACCAGAGGCAGAUAAAGUACCACAAGAGCCCGACGAGGACACAGGAACAACCCCCUCAACUGUUAUAACCCCACAACCAGUGAAAGAGAAAAAACAAAUGCCUAAAAAACCUAAGAAGCCCAAAAAGCUUGUAGAGGCAGAGGAGGAAAUUGAAGAAACAGAGGAAAAUGAGACAUCAUCUACGUUUUCAACUACUCGGACAAAGGGAACCACAAUAAAAGUAACCAGGAAAGACUCAAAGAAAAAGAAGCCAAAAGAUAAAAAUUUGAAUCCAAAGGCUAAUUCAACAGAACCAGGUAGAGGGAGUUUCUCUCCGUCAGUACCACCGCCUCCUGACAAAAAUGCAGAUAUACUAAUGACACCCCAAACUCCGCGUGUUGGUGAUGAUGCUGCAGAUCCAGUUGGCUCACAGGAAGAUUCUACUGAUAAUCCGUCCUCAUCAACCACACCAAAAACUACAAAGAAACGUUCCCCAUCAAAUACAAACAAGAAAAAGAUCAAUAAAAAGCAAGAGAAUGAAGAGUCACCAAGUUCAAACAAUAAAAAGAAACCUCCAAGCAAACCGUCACCUAAAGAUAUAAAAAGAAAAAAGGGGACAGAUCCCAAGGAUGAAAAGCAAGAUCCUGCUAAGGGCCCAGACCCAUCAGCCAAAAAGGACACCAAGAAACCAGUCUCCAAAGGUCCAAAGAAAAGAAUAAUUAAAGUUUUGGUGGAGGAUGAUACAGAAGAACCACAAAAACCAGUCAAAAAGAAACCUUCAAAGAAACCUUCACCCAAAGACACCAAAAGAAAAAAGAAGUUUAAUCCAAAGGAAGAGAGACAAGAAACAGUGGAAAGUGAGUUCACAAGUUCUUCUCAAUCAACCUCUUCCCAUCGCAGAAGCAAAUCAACGUCCACGCUGUUGUCUGGAAAAAAUAAAAAUAUCAAGAAUAAAAAUAGGAAAAAGAUUCCUGAUGAAAAGCCUUUAAUGCCCCCAAAGAGAAAAAAAGACAAAGACUUUCUUCAAACACCUGAACCAACUCCUGCAGAUGAAGGUUCUGGAGAUGAUGGAAGUGGAAUGGAAUUUCUGCAGACAACCCCUUCAGCUACUUCUCUAUCCGAUUCUUCCCCAAAAGAAACCUUGUUUAGCACAAUAAUGGAUGGAACCAUUAGCUCUUCAGUGAUGCCAAGGACAGAAAACAUUGUUAUUACAUCAGAUAAGAAUACAGAAACACCUAAAGCUCUAUCUACAGUUGAACCUUCAUUAAGAACUACCCCUGGGAUGAACAUUUUUACUGAUGUUUCAACAGUUUCUAAAGAACCUUUCAAGCAAACAGAAACUCCUGCCCAACCAACAGAAGAAAGCACAAGUAAGGCAAAUGCAACUUCUGUUUCUUUGACAAGUAGACAAGUAAAUGAAAGAAGUACUGAUCCUUCUGAAAAUGUAGGAAGUUUUUCACAGCAACUGCAGACUGCAACUAGUAAUGAUGCAGUGACUUCAUUUUAUAGAAAUACUGACAAAACAGAGUUAGUUUACCCACUUACUGAUGGAGAAAGGGCAGGUAAUCAGAAAGAAAAUACAGGGCAUUCGGGAAUAACUAUAGAAAAGUCAACUAUAAAUAACUGGACACCAUAUACUACACAACCAAUGAAAACAGAAGAAGUGGAUAAAAACACACCCUUAUUUAAGGAAGAAAAUAAGGAUGGAUUGUUAAUUUAUCCUACUGUUUCAUCACAGAAUAUGGAGAAUUUUACUUUGUUGCCCACAGAGAUAAAAAUACAACAGGGAACUGCUAGUACAGAAGGAAAUAUCAAUAAUGGCUUAACAACCAAAUUUCCUGAAAGUAAAAAUUCUUCAUUUUCCACUGAAACCAUGGUUACAGACAUGCCAAAAGCAAUUUUAACAACACUAAGUAGUAAACAAACAAUUUCAACAAAUGAGACACCUAACUUGGGUCAAUCGGUGAGCCACCCUGAAACAACAAAAAUAUCAAAUGGCAUAUCAACAACAGACUCAACAGUAACAGAUGAUAUAUCUGGUUUUGUUCUGCACAGAGAACCUAAUGGAGAUAAUGCAUCAAUGGUUCCCAGGGAAUUUGCAGACAUAGAGAGAAGCACUCCUGUAUCACCCACUAGUGUAUCUAGCUCUAUAGUCCAAAAUUCUGAUCAUAGCCCUAGUGUUCACACAGAGCCAUUAUAUACAGAAUAUACUUUGAAUAUUACAGUUACUGAGACAACUCAAUCUGGACAAACAAGUCCAACAAAUGAAACCCCAAAGACAGCUGUGAAAAAAUCAACUCAAUUUCCUGCAGACAGCUCGGCUCUUGUAACUGUGGAAUCCAGUCCAGACCAUUUAGUUGGGUCUAGCUUUCCAACAGUAGAUGCACCUCAAUCUUUAAGUUCUGCUCAAGUAACUAGCACAAGCCAAUCCCAAAGUUCAACAUUGUCCAGAGGGUUACAUGGAGAGCUGCUCUCCACUGUUGCAACAGAAUCUUUAGAUAAAAGUACAGGAGACAUUCUGACACCAAGUUAUAAUGAUUAUGUCCAUUCUAAAGUCCCUACACAAAGUAGUUACAGCUCAAGUAUUUUAGCAAGUACAACAGAGCACUCCUCUAUAAUAUACACGUCACCAAAUGUAAAAGAAAAUGAGAGCAGACCAGCCAGCACACAAACACCACAAAAAGACUAUUCAGAAGUUACUGUGCCAGACACUGACACUAGAAACACAUUUGGUAACAGCCCAACCUCUACACAGAGCACAGAACAAUCUACUCUGACUAAGGAAGGACACAAUGAUGAAAGUUUGCCAGUUCUUAGAGAAGAACUUUUAUCAACAGUUUUAAAUGAAGAUGCAGAUAAAGGAUAUAGUCUUUUGUUAGAUACAAAGAGUAGUGAAGCCCCCACAGAUGCUUCUACCAUGAUCAUUACUGAUAAAUUAAAUACAAAUGAUUUCUUAAGUCCCACAGUUACAGUACAUGUAGGACAUGAAACUUUAAUCAAAGGGGCUACAAGUGAGAAAGAUAUGUUACACACCCCAGAAGCACAAAGUCUUACAGAUAUGCUAAAGACAGUUCCAAAUGAGAGAAACACUGAGGGAACGUUUAGCCCCAAAACACCAGAUAUAGCAUUUGUGGAACCCACACAAUGGCAGCAAACAGACCGAACACACAAAGCUCCACAGCCUGAGGAACUCACACAGAGUUCUACUGGUGAUACUAUUGCAGAUCAUGUUGUAUCUGUUACAGAUAUUAGUUCUGCUGCCCCAGAUUCCAGCUCAAGCUCCAAUAUUGUUACUUCAGAAACAAAUACCUUAGGUGCAAACAUUUUAUCAACACUGGCUCCAGGUCAAACUACUCAAGCUGGAAUGCAAAACCUUAGCAUAACUGGAACUGCACAGCUCCCUAUUAACACUUCACUAUCAGUAACAAUGGAUUCAGGUACAAGAGACUUAUCUAGUCUUAAAAUAUUAGAUACAACCCCUAAUAUUCACACAACAAACCAACAUACUGGUGAUUCCAAAGUUGAUGUCUUGACAGAGCAUAGUACAAAUCCCAAUGUAGAAACUAAAGAAACAACAACAGGUGGUCAAGAAAAAUCAAGCACAAUAAAUAAAAGUCCAGAUGAGAGGCCAAUGAUAAGCGUAACUGAAGCCACCCAGAUACCAUUAGAAAUAACAGAAAGUUCUGCACCCUUUAGAAUAAGUACUUCUCCAGCUAUGACUAUAAAACAAUUCAUUGUAACUACUGAAGAGCAAAAAAUAGACCUAUCACCAGCAGCCUCUAUUUCUAGCGAUAUGUCUGAAAAACCAAGAACAUAUUCUAAAACAGAUGUACAAACUGAAAUGAUUAAUACUUUGCCAUCAAGUACAGAACUGGUCACUAGAGAUAAAAAUGAUCAAAUUACACAAGGUACCAAACCAAGUGAUGUGGUUACUGAAGGAGCACUCACAAGUAAUUUCAGGCAAACUAUAAGUGUACCUGAAACCACAGAAACCCCUGCAGUGGUUGUAAAAACACACACAAGUACAAAAACAAUAUCUAUUGUUUCAACAGCGAAUUUAAAAUCCAUAGAUGAAGAGAGUAUAGAUCAAUCAUUCCCGACCAACUUUCCCCAAAAACGUUUCACAACUAUUGCUGAAGAUGGAAUCCCCGGCACAAGUCCAAUAAUUGUGACUGGGGAAACCAAUAAAGAUAUUGAUAAAAUAAAUGAGACAGUACCUAAUUUAGAGACCAGCCAUGGCUUUGAGAAACACUUUGAAACUGUAACAGGAGCAGAGAGAACACUAAAUACAGGGACAACUCUAGAGACCCCAGGCCGACAAAGCUUAAAUAGAUCAGCAAGUGCUUCAGUGACAAAAGAUAUGAGUGAAGGACAAUUGUUUGUUACAACUGAGACUGGAAACAGUUUCACAUUUGGUUUAACAGCUUCUCAAAUGCCUUAUUUAACAGCAGGAGUAAGUGCAGAACCAUCUAAAAUAAGGACAACCAGCACAAGCGAAACAAUAAGUUCAAGUGCCAGCAAGGAGACAAUGCUUGAUUCUUUUAGCUCAAUUACUGCUUCUGUGGAACAAACCAGGGCUGUCACUGAAGCAUCACACGAAGGGCAAACAUCACCUGUGAGUGAGUUCACUACACAAAGCAGUGCAAGUUACACAGAGCCCAUAACUCUCACUUCAAUAUAUAAAGAAGGUGAUCAAGAGAGACCUUCAGUUACUAAUGAAACAAGUUCUUCUUCACAUACACUUUCACCAGCUACUUCUGUACCAGGAACACUUACAGAUUAUUCAUCCAACAUGAAUACAGAUCAGAAAAGUCCAGAAACAUCCACGAUAAUUUCAAAAGAGCAUCACAUAAUGACCAACAGUACUGUAAACUAUGUACCUACAUUACUAGAGAAAACUCUGAGUACGGAAAAAUCUCUGACUACAGUUUUAGUCAGUAGUAUAACAACUAAUGAGACAACUAGAGGCAAUAUGUUGUCAUCUUUGUUCACUGAUGACAAGGGAGGUAAAACAAUGUCACCAACCAUAGAAACAACCAAAGGAUACACUGAAGACAGUAGCUCUUUGAAGGCAGAUUUAGAGACAACAACUGUGAAUACAAAAGACAGCAGUAGAGUGCAAACACUUACUAAUCUAGUAACCCAGUACUUAAAUAAUCAACAGUCUACUGAAUCUACAGGGGAGAGGGAUGGGAGUGCUAGAGAUAAAUCUGUAUUUACGACCAGUUCUUCAUUAUACCUUAAUGAGUCUGCAAGGCAGUCUACGACUCAGUUUGCAGCUUUAACAACAUCUGAACCAAAUAAAAUGGAUAUAGCUAUGAGUAAUGUGAGCACAGAAUCUUACCCCCCAAGUAGCGUGCAGACAGAUCAUUCACUUAAUACUCCCAUUAGCACUGACCCAAGCAGUGUGUCCCUACCUGUAACUAAAUCAGAGUCUCCAGUAACUCAGCUACCAGAGUCAGGUCCAAAGCAUGCUAGUGUUUCAGGCAUUACAUCUGGAUCAAGGGUACCUUUAACAAACGCCUCAGCUACACAAUCCACAGCUUUAACUAGACUGAGCAGUCAAUAUACUAUAAAUACUCCUGAAAGCACAACAGAAACAUUCCCCAAAUUAAGCAGUAGCACAAAGGAAGUAAAUACUAGCCUUGAAGAAAAUACAUCUACAAAUAAUUUACUUACACCUUCUUUUGGUUUUUCAGUGAAUACAUUGACCACUCUCCAGGAACAAAGCACACCAGAUAAUAAAUCUAAUGCUAAUAGCUAUACAACAAAUUCUGAAGGAUUGCAGACAUCUACCAGUUCCAUGCUAAAAUCCACUAUCUCUACCAGCCAUACAAACGAGCCAUCUUCUAGUACAAUUAGAAAUAUAUAUGAUACCCCUAAUCAAACAAGCAAUGUAGAAUAUAGCACACAUAAGCCAUCUGAACAAAAGGAUGCUUCGUCUGGGCAAAGCACUGUGUUUUUUACAACACAGACUAUUGAUUGGGUCCCAUCUAGCAAUGCAGGGGAAAGUAAAGAGAAUAGUACAAGUACAGAAGGGACAAACAGACUUUCAUCUCCAACUGUUGGACAGCAAACUGAAGAUUUAACAACUUUAAAACCAGAACUCACUGAUGCGAAUACAUCUGGCAACAGAACAUAUGCAGAUCUUAAGGAGACAGCAACCACCACGCCAACUACACAACCAAUGGAAAGUGUUUCCACAACAACACAAGUGAAUGUAGCUUCUCAGCAAGCCACAACUACAUCAUCAGAAAACCAACAAGAACACACUACCAAAGAUGUAACUACUAAGCAAGUAAUCACAGAACAACAGACUAAAAUUCCUUCAGUUUCUUCAUUUUCCAACAGUACAGUAAAAUCUGAUUUGGAACAGAGGCCAACUGUGCCAGAAAGUGAUCCUAGUAGCAUCUCAAAUGUUACGCCAAGAGAUGAAUCAAUGGCAAAUGGAACUACCACUAGUUUACCAACAAAAGCAAUAAAUAUUGAAAUAAUGGAAACUACUACUAAAUCAACACCAAAUACUAUAAAAGAUCUUAGAGAAACAACUGGAAGUCCAACUACUGUGAAGGCAAUUUCUGUUGAACAGAUGGAAAAUAAAUAUAACCCCAACCCUCCUCUUUCACUUGACCAAUACGGUAUCUGUGAGAUGUUGUUGGAUAAGGAAAACAAACUAGGGAUAUCAGAGAGUGACCUCCAGAGCAUAAGGGAAAUAUGUAUGGAGAUACAUCCAAACUUUACUACAAGUGUAAGUACCCCUUCUUCAGAAACAAAGCUGCCUUCACAAAACCCUAGUGAGAUUCCAACAAAACACACAACAGCAUACACAACAACACCCAGAGUGGCUCAGCCAAAUAAAAAACCGCUGCCCCCAAAAACAAUCAUUCAGAUUGUAGAAGAGAUCAACAGGAAGAUGCAUUUGACUCCAACGAGGAAUUUAACACUAUUUCCAUCUCAUAAAACAAAUAAAUCAGCAGCAUGGAUAUUGCUUCUUAAGAAAAUCAGAAGUCCACUUGAUCCCCAGAUGAAUUUAUGCAAUGGCCAACCUGCGGAUGGAAUGACAACACUGCAAAAUGGCUCCAUGGUAGUUUUUAGAGGUCAUUAUUUCUGGACACUGAACCAGGGAGGAGCGGUGAGACAAGCAAGGAAAAUCAGUGAUGUGUGGGGAAUCCCUUCCCCCAUUGACACAGUGUUUACACGAUGCAACUGUGCUGGGAAAACAUUCUUUUUCAAGGGUCCCCGUUAUUGGCGUUUCACCAAUGAUGUCAUGGACAAGGGAUAUCCCAAAGAAAUCAUUAAAGGAUUUGGUGGUCUGAAAGGUAAAAUAACAUCAGUCCUAUCUGUGGCUGGAUUCAAAACAAGACCAGAGUCCGUUUACUUCUUCAAAGGAGGUGGAAACGUUCAGAAAUACACAUUUCGGCAAGAACAAUCGAAGAGAUGCACGAAAAAAAAGCAGCCGAAUGUGCAAUACCCAAUCUAUUCUCACAAUAUUCAAACAGUGAAGUACCGCUAUCCGAGAGAUGUAGUGAAACAGCAGAGAAAGAUCCAGAGAACCAUAAUAACCAUCAAACAGGAGCCAUUAGGUGUUCUUCACCAAGAGAUUUCAAUUCGAUCAACAUGGAGGGGCAUCCCAAAUAACAUUGUUUCUGCAAUAUCCUUGCCAAAUUCGCAAAAGCAAGAUGGGUUUGAUUAUUUUGUGUUUUCCAAAGAGAAAUAUUACAACAUAAACAUGAGCAGUAAAGUUGCAAUCAAGCCACCGCCCAACUCUGAACAGAAGAUAUCGAAAGACUGGUACAAGUGCAAAGAAUGAGACAAAGAAAACGAUUUAAUAAUAAAGAAUUUAAUUUUCGCUUAGAAAAAACGCUUAAACUUUACGAUC